CAUACACAUAUUUCUGCAUCCUGUUUUUUUACGCACCGGGAACCGGGCGCUUUAUAAGCGGUCGUGGAUUAUGAUGCCAGUUUUUAUAACAGCGGAAUAUUGGCCUCUCCUUCGGCUCUAACUGUGAUCAGCUCUAUAUCGCGCGUUUUCUUUUUAAUUUUUAUUUAUUUCCAGAUUGAUUUCUAAUUUGGUUCCGCGUUACUUUUGAGCACCGAGAGACCGCCGAGACGCACAGCUUACGUUCAAUGCCGUUGGAACAUGUCCUAUGUUCCCUUUCAAGAUGCAAGGUGUGCCGUCCCCCCCUCCUACCAUCAUCUCCAUCAUCGUUCCCACGUCCACUCCUUCCACACUCCCUCCUACGACCGUCCCGUUCACAACCGUCCCUCCUACGACCGUCCCUCCUUCGACCGUCCCACCUACACCCGCCCAAGCUACGACCGUCCCUCCUUCGACCGACCUUCCUUCGACCGCCCUUCCUUCGACCGCCCUUCCUAUACCCGACCCUUGCAAGACCGCUCCAUCUACGACCGCCCCUCUCACGACCGUCCAUCCCACCAAGAUCGCUGGACCCCUGGUCUCCGUGUGAGCUCCGGAAAUCAGUUCUACAUGUUGGACCAGGAGGAGGUACACCCUUUGCUGAUGCGCGAGAGGCGCUCAGAGUCCCACAGGAACAAGCUGCUGCGGCGGACAGUCAGCGUUCCUGUUGAGGGACGACACCAUCCAGAGAUGGAUCAUCGCGCUCGGCGGAAGAGCAUAGCCACCGGGAAGCAGCCCAGCAUGGAGGUCCCUCCCACUGCCCCCCUUCAACCCUUCCGACAAUCCAGUUUCCUCGGUAGAAGGCUGAAGGGCUCAAUCAAGAGGGCCAAGAGUCAGCCCAAACUGGACCGAACCAGCAGUUUCCGCCACAUGAUCCUCCCCCGCUUCCGCAGUGCCGACCAAGACAGGACCCGUUUGAUGCAGAGCUUCAAAGAGUCCCACUCCCAUGAGUCCCUGCUGUCUCCCAGCAGCGCUGCCGAAGCGCUGGACCUCACUCUGGAUGAGGACGCCAUCAUCAAACCUGUGCACUCGAGCAUCCUGGGACAGGAGUACUGCUUUGAGGUGACUACGGCAUCGGGAACCAAGUGCUUUGCGUGUCGCUCAGCUGCAGAGAGAGACAAAUGGAUCGAGAACCUGCAGAGAGCUGUCAAGCCCAACAAGGACAACAGCCGGAGGGUGGACAAUGUGCUCAAACUUUGGAUCAUCGAGGCCCGGGAGCUUCCAGCCAAGAAACGCUACUACUGCGAACUUUGUCUGGAUGACAUGCUGUACGCACGCACCACCAGCAAGCCCCGUACCGACACCGUCUUCUGGGGCGAGCACUUUGAAUUCAACAACCUGCCUGCUGUCCGCAACCUACGCCUUCACCUGUACAAGGAGACAGACAAAAAGAGACGCAAGGAAAAGAGCACAUACUUAGGACUUGUAAGCAUCCCCAUCUCCAGCAUCACUGGUCGUCAGUUUGUGGAGCAGUGGUACCCAGUCAUCCAGCCCAGCGUCCUCACCAAGGGAGCCGGUGUCGGGGGAGGGAAGAUCAUCAAUGCAUCCUUACGUCUUAAAUCCCGCUUCCAGACCAUGAACAUCCUGCCCAUGGAGCUGUACAAGGAGUUUGCAGAAUAUGUCACCAAUAACUACCGCACCCUGUGUGCCGUGCUGGAGCCCGUGCUGAGUGUGAAGAGCAAAGAGGAAGUGGCGUGUGCACUGGUGCAUAUACUGCAGAGCACAGGCAAAGCUAAGGACUUUCUUUCAGAUAUGGCAAUGUGUGAGGUAGACAGAUUCAUCGACCGAGAACACCUUAUUUUCAGAGAGAACACUCUGGCCACCAAAGCCAUAGAAGAGUACCUCAAACUGAUCGGACAUAAGUACCUCAAGGACGCUAUAGGGGAGUUCAUAAGGGCCUUGUACGAGUCAGAGGAAAAUUGUGAAGUGGAUCCCAUGAGAACCCCACCCUCUGUGCUCCCAGACCACCAAGCCAAUCUCCGAAUGUGCUGUGAACUGGCACUCUGUAAGAUUGUCAACUCCCAUUGUGUUUUUCCUCGAGAGCUAAAGGAAGUUUUUGCCUCCUGGAGGGUGCGCUGUGCCGAGAGAGGUCGAGAAGACAUUGCCGACCGUCUCAUCAGUGGUUCCCUCUUCCUGCGCUUCCUUUGUCCCGCCAUCAUGUCUCCAUCGCUCUUCAAUCUCACCCAGGAAUAUCCCGACGAGCAGACAUCACGCACGCUCACCCUCAUCGCAAAAGUAGUGCAAAACCUGGCCAACUUCUCCAAGUUUGGAAACAAAGAGGAGUACAUGUGUUUUAUGAAUGAGUUUUUAGAGAUGGAGUGGGGCUCCAUGCAACAGUUCCUGUAUGAGAUCUCUAACUUGGACAGUGUCAGCAAUGCAGGUGGCUUUGAGGGAUACAUCGACCUUGGCAGGGAGCUGUCCAUACUGCACAGUCUCCUCUGGGAGGUCAUGGCUCAGCUCAGCAAGGAUGCCAUCAUCAAACUGGGUCCUUUGCCCCGCCUCCUGAAUGACAUCAGUAUGGCCUUGCGUAACCCUCACCUCCAGAGGCAGCCAAGCCAUCAGACAGACAGGGUGCAGGAGAGACAGGCAGACAGGCUGCUGUCACGGCCGAGCUUCAACAGAGGCAUCUCAUCCGAGUUUCAGAAUCUAAUGAUGAGGGAUCUUAAUAGCUCUAUAGAUAUCACUCGCUUGCCUUCCCCUACGUCCACCGGAGGGGUCAUACCAUCCCGCUCCCAGAUGAGUUUUCAGGACCGUGACCACCCCCAUCGAGCAUCCUCCAAAGACAUGUUUUACGUCUCACGCCCUCCUCUAGCCCGGUCCAGCCCUGCCUACUGCACAAGCAGCUCGGAUAUCACAGAACCAGACCCUAAGGAUUCCCGAAUGAACAGCGUGUCUAACCUGCAGUCGGUGGACAUGCUCAACUCCUCCCAGGCCUCCAUCGCCGGCAUGGGCAGCUUCGGAGGGCUGAGCAGCGGAGGCGGUGGCGGCCUGGGGUCGGGCCUGAGCAGCCAGCUGCGGGCCGGUGGGAGGUUGUCAGCUGGCUCUGGCGGCUCCAGCAUGUCCGGUGGCCUCCGGCUGAGCCAGCUGAGCCAGAUGGGCACCACCACCGACUCGCUAUCCCAGCAGCAGCAACAGCAGGCCGCCGCCAUGCGAUACCCGCUUUCCUUCCAGAAUCCCCUCUUUCAUCUGGCGACCGCUGACGGGCCUCAACAACAGCUCCACCACCAGCACAGCCGCGCCCAGCCCCCAGCGCCCCUGCUCCUCGCCCCAGAUGAGCCGUCUCACCAGACCUACUUGCCACAGUUCGCCCAUGGGGGGUUCUCUCGCAGUGAGGACCUAUCCACCCUCAGGACCAGGGACGGUCACUUGGGACAACCCAGCAUCAUCCACUCACACAGCUACAGCGACGACUACAGCAGGGCUGAAUAUGGACGCAGGCAGAUGUCCAUGCAUGUGCAGGAUAACCUCCAACAACAGCAAAUGAUGGGCAUGGCCUCCCAGACAGGCACCUCCCACUCCUCUCUGGCCACCACGCCCCCCUCUACCGUCCAACCAGUGCGCCAGAGCUCUGUUGCCCCACCUUCCUCCCAGCGAAUGAAGUCCCAGACCUCCCAUCAGCUAUCGGUCAGCGCGGCCGCUGCACCUGCUGCUCCCGCUAAAACACGACCACAGAGCGGAAACCUCCUCCAGUCCCCAGAGUCGGCGUACGGCGGCAGGCAGCAUUCCCGGCAGCUGUCGGUCAAAGACAACACGGCCCCGGGCCUGCCACACCAGCAGAGCUCUGUCAGGGAGAGUGGCAGUCCACAAGGAACCACCAGUCAGAGCACCCAGCAGUCACCACAGCAACAGACAAAGCCAUCGCAACAACACCUGCUCAAACCCUCCAUGGCUAAACAGGGCUCCCAGUCUCCAUCCACCCUUAAUCCCCCGUCGGCCAACGAGCGCACAGUGGCCUGGGUCUCCAACAUGCCUCAUCUGUCGGCCGACAUCGAGAGUUCGCGGAUCGACCGUGAGGAGUUUAAACUGAAGGAGUACUCAAAGAGCAUGGAUGAGUCACGCAUGGACAGGGUACGCGAGUACGAGGAGGAGAUCAACUCCCUGAAGGAACGCCUUAUGAUGUCCCACAAAAAGCUGGAGGAGUACGAGCGUAGACUCCUCACGCAGGAGCAGCAGACCAAUAAGAUCCUACUUCAGUACCAGAAUCGACUCGAGGACAGUGAGAGGAGGCUACGGCAACAGCAAGAGGAGAAAGACUCCCAAAUUAAAGGAAUAAUUAGCAGGGAAGAAGACAUGGAAUGAAGACAGAGACAGUUCUGCUCGUCUUUAAUGGGAAAUCAUCUUUAUCGGCCUAACCUUGUAUAUGAAACUACCCUUAAAACCUCCUCCCAGUCUUUGUGCUGAAGCACUUAUCUGCUAUUUUUAUGAACGCAGCUUUUAACUGGAUCUGGGGAUCGUUUCAGACGAUUCUGCUCAGCUUAGUUUCCAAUUGACUCUCCUGUGAGAUUGCAAUGUAAAAGGCACAAGUGGAUUGAAUAUUUAAUAACUUCAGGCGCAUGUCUGCACUUUCCAAAGCGACACAGAGCAGUGUUUUGGACCUUCAGACGCAGGACUAUGGAAGAACAUGGUUUAAAAGCAGCUCUUCCAUUUGAAAUCAAGGGGAACCAUGUUUGCUGAUGGACUGCUGAUGUAUCUUUCUACAGAGUGAACAUGAGGCCUCUUCCCCUUUUUACCUUAUCUUGAUGCUUUGGUGUAAUAUGAAGUGGGGAGAGUAACAGACAAUGAUGAAGCUCAAGCACACUGGCAUAAAGGAAGAAUGCCACAUUAAAAGGAACUUUUUAAAGCACUUAGAGCCAAACUAUUGAUUAUUUUUCUCUGAGGUAGAAGUUUGACGUGAAAGCUGCAGCCCACACAUAGCAAAGUGUGCAGGAAAGUCACAUCUCUGAGGCUUAUACUGGUUACUUGUGUGUCUUUAAUUAUCCAAGCACACAAGGAUGAAAUGAGUAGCAGAUCUGGAUGCUUCCAAGCCAGUUUAACUCACAAUUCACUGAGCCAGAUCAUGUCAUCAAAUGCAUUGAAGACACAUUUUAUUUUAGAUAUUAAUGCAUGUAUGAGCAAUGUAAUGAGUGCAGAAAGCGGAUGCCAAGAAGACACGGCCUCCAGCCGUUGUUUCAGACUAAUCAGACUCUAGAAUCUGAGUGAAAUGGAAGGUUAACCAUAGCCUUAUGUUAUCUUUCAACUUAGAUUGACUUUUAUGUUAGAUUUUCGCAUUUAAAGACAUUCACUUGAUGCAAACAAGCUCAGGGUUCUGCAAAAAAGGAGCCUAUUUGAUCCUGAGCUCAUGGCUCCUGUGUAGGCUUGAAAAAUAAUGUCUCUUUUAUCUGCAGAACUCAAAAACUCAGCAGCAUGACUCAAGUGUCAGAGAUUUCCUUUCAGAGAAGCCUUAAUGCUCUGUGCAUAAACUUUGAGCUCAGAGCAAAUCUAAUAUCUGUCAUUAGUGCAGGUACACUUUUUUGUUCUCAACAACCUAAUUUAAACCAAAGCCAGAUGUUGAUUUUUAAGGUCAUAUUCAGUUUAAAUCCACUGAAACACUUUACCUGUAGCACUUCUAUCUAUAUUUAUUUUCUGUCGGGUUAUGAUCCCAUGAGUUGGCUACAGGCUAUCCAUUUAUUUUUGUCAGAAUUUCUUAAUUAUAUUUGGUCAUUAUGAAUAUAACCUGUGUAUCUUCCCUUAGUUGCAAAUGAAAAAUGGAUUUACACUGCAGAGAUGCAGCAAGUUCACUUUAGGAAACAAGAACAGAGUGGUAUUUAUUGUCAUAGUAAUAAUAUAUUUUUAACUUUAAUCCAUAGCCUAUUAGAGUAUGUGAUGCAAGAGCCAUAACAAUAAUGAUAUAUAUCUAUAUAUAAAUCCUAUUGAGAGUGAGAGUAUAACUAUUUUAUCCUGCAAUAGCUAACUUUUUAGCAGAGGAAGCGCAAUAAUAGGACCAAUACGUCCACAGCGUGUGCUGUGUGUGCAGAUGCACGUGCAGUUUCCUGCUGACAUAUGUAGUAUGCAUCUUGUGUACAUAAGAAACAGUGACCUCCUGCCAAAAGCUUUUACCAGGUGCCAUCCAGAGUAUCUAAACAGAAAAAUAAAGACCUGGAGUACUGUAAAGUGCAAAGACAACAAGACAACAAUGACGUGACUCUUUGACCUUCUAUUCUGCAAAGUGUGUUCCUAAGUUCUCGGUUUGUUUUUGGCUUAUCUUUAUGGUGAUUGUGAAUUGAUCUGCAUUUGAAAUGAAAGACUGCAAUGCAUAUUAUUUAUUUAUUCAUUAUUUAUUGAUUUAUUUAUCAAUACGCAAGUUAUUUCUUCUUUCUGUAUGAUUUUGCUGUAUAUGCUUGGUAUGACUUUUUGAACUACAGUCUGUUAUUGGUGGUGUCCGCUGACAAGGUGAUCAGAAUAGCUGUUAAAGACAGUACUGUCAUUAACCUUAUGCAGCUACAGUAUCAUUUAAAGAGGAACUAAACCCCAGAGUUAUAGCUGAGGUGCAUCUACCGUCGAAUUUUCAGAAACAACUUCAGAAGGUCAUGGAGAGGGCAGAGGGAGGAGGCACAAUUGUGCAUUCCAGUUGAUUCGGAACUUUGAAAUUCCAAGAUGCAAGUCAGAUAUGUCAUCAAUGCCCCCUAAAGUUGUAAUUCUGACAUGGAAGCCCAUUGGAACUUCAGUACCCCAAGUUCCCAACUCAUAGUACCUGGACUGCAAUCAACUCAGGUGUGAAGUUUUUUGUAAUACGCAAUGCAGAUAUAGUUUUUGUUUUUUUGCAAAGCACAGUUUUUUAUUUGGCUUCAGUUAGCUAAAAUGAUUUUAUUUCAUUUGUUUUUUAGGUAUUUAGUUUGUUUUAUUUCACUAUAAUAUUCUUGAUCUUGAUGAAAUGUGUGGAAAUAACCAAUGACAUUUUAGUCUAAAAAAAUAAGACUAAGACCAAAUUUAAAAUAGUUGCAGAAAUUACCAAUCCUGGGAGAGAUGUGGUAAAACUCCAUGAUGUGCAGAAGCAGACAUGCAUCAGCAUUUCAAUUUACUUGAUUUCCCAUCUUAACAAGUGAAUGUGAUUGUUUUCUUUGCCAAUUUUUAUCUCAUUAAUUUGGGCUAACAAACCAUGAUGAUAUGACCUCUAGGAAACAACCUAAAUCAUAUGUUGUCAAAGGAUUAUUUAGUGGACUAGUUCAGGGCCACACUACAAAAAUUUGCAUUGAAUUAAUUUUGAGUCAUGAUUUCUCAGUAAGUGAGCUGUGGUGGGUCCUGAAUCAGAUGAGACACACUGAUGUAGAAGACACAAACUCCUGUGCUGUCAACCUCGUUUUAAAUAAAAACGUGGUUUGUUCACAAUGUAGGGUAAGAGAACUUCACUAUCCACAAUCCUAGAGUGAAACAGUGACGUCGCUAAUAGGUGGAGGCCGCUGUUACCCCCAAGUUACAGCUAUACAUUAAAAAUCAAUGAAAAGUUGAUAAUCUCUGUGGUGGCAAAAGCUGGACCUUCAUACCUCACCUACAGUGCUUCCAGAUCAACCAAUAGGAGAAUGAAAUUGUAGUAGCCAAGUUUCAAGCUGUAGAGUGCAGUAGCUAUGCAUAUUUCUGUCACACAUUGUUCUCAAAUGUCGAGACAUUAACUUAUCAACAGCACCACUCACUACUCGUAUACGGAUAGUUUUCAGCAGAAAAGUAGUCUUGGGGUUUAGUUUCUCUUUAAAUAUGAUAUUAAAGAGCAUCUACAUUAUUUAUUUUUCCUUUUCAGAGAUAUAGAUAAGAUUCUGGUGUCAGUAUUUCCGCCUCUCUUUUGUAGCAAAGUAUAUAUUGAUAGGCUGUAUAGGCAAAACUUCUGUUUUAAAUCUUGCAAAUGAAUCAUAGUGGUGAUGAGUUUUGGCUUGAUGUGUGUGUGAUCAAUAUUGGUCUGAUUGACAUGGCUUGUAGCAACAGCCAAGGGUUUACAGUCACUUCUAUGCAGACCUGUGUCAAAGGGUUGCAAAUAAUUCUUGGUGUGGGUUCAUCAGACGGGCGGGGAUCGGCGAGGUCAUGCUGAAAGGUAAGUUUUACGUCAAAAGAGGGGUAAAAGUAAAUGUUGCAUUUUUUUGGCAAAAACUAAAGAAAGUAUUUGCAGCUUCUGUUUGAUGCAGGUCUGUUGUUUCUUUCUGUUUACUUUGCAUCAACUUCUCAUACUUGUCCCUUGCCUUUUUUCUCUGUAGCAAAAUAUUCCGACAUUGUGACCUCAUGUUGGUAGAUACACACAUUGUUUGGACUACAUGUAAGACUUGACCUCAAAAGCACACUACUUGAAGUACAGCUGAAUAUUGGAAAAAGCUUAAAUUUCUUUGAUUUCUUUGUAACAUAUCACCCACAUGAAUCAUUGUCUGCCUCUUGGAGUCAUGUCGAAAUCUUAAUGCUGUAUGCCCAUGUUACAUUCCAUUGUUUUUGGGACAGUGCUUAUAUUUCUGUCUGUGCUUUGCAGUAUGAUCGAUUCUUUUCUUUUCCCUUUUUUCUCUUUUUUGUAAAAAAGAAA